UUCGUCAGACUGGUUACGUCUGUACGAAAUCUCUCCUCCCCCUAGUUCCAGUGACCUGCCAAACUGAGUGUACGUUACAUUAUUCUGAAAGUACGGGCAGUCGUUUGUUAACAAAGGCUUAGGUUUAGGUUUGUGGAAAGCCAGGUCAUAUUUAUGAUACAGACUGUUCGAUAGUGUUCAUUUGCUAGCCAGCAUACGGCUAGCUGGCUAGCCAUUAGACGGCAGCUGCUGGUUAGCAAGGCAGCAAGCUCCAGCUUACGGAGUUCGAAUUACUCUAAGAAACUACUCAGCAGUUUGUUACCCCAAGACUCUUCAGAGUGCUGGUAAAUAAUAAACGAAGAUGAGAAUUAUGCUGGAUUUUGAAGAAUGUCUCAAGGACUCCCCGCGGUUCAGGGCCACAAUAGAGGAGGUGGAGGGGGACGUCUGUGAACUGGAGACCAAGCUGGACAAGUUGGUGAAACUAUGUAUUGGCAUGAUUGAUGCUGGAAAGGCCUACAAUGCGGCCAACAAGCAGUUUGUGAAUGGCAUCCGGGAGCUCGCACAGCAGUCCACCAGAGAUGAGGUCAUUGAGUCUAGCCUGACAAAGUUUGCUGAAAGCCUGCAAGAGAUGAUCAACUACCACACAAUACUAUUUGACCAAGCCCAGAGAUCAAUCAAAUCCCAACUCCAGACGUUUAUGAAGGAAGACCUGCGGAAAUUCAAGGAGGCCAAAAAGCAGUUUGACAAGGUGAGCGAGGAGAAGGAGGCGGCGCUGACCAAGAAUGCCCAGGCGCCGCGCAACAAGCAGCACGAGGUGGAGGAGGCCACCAGCAUCCUCACGGCCACGCGCAAGUGCUUCCGCCACAUCGUCCUCGACUACGUGCUCCAGAUUAAUGUCCUCCAGUCCAAAAGAAGAUCAGAAAUCCUUAAAUCGAUGUUGUCCUUUAUGUACGCCCACCUGACGUUCUUCCAUCAAGGCUACGACCUGUUCAGUGAGCUGCAGCCCUUAAUGAAACAACUCGGUGGACAGCUGGACCAGCUGGUGGUGGACGCAGCCAAGGAGAAGAGGGACAUGGAGAUGAAGCACUCCACCAUUCAGCAGAAGGCUGCUCUGCAGGGUGUGUCAGAGGAUGACUCGGUUGACAGCCGCGUCUUUUGCGCAUGGAGGUCCACAACCGACUUUUCGAAUGACGACACCAAACUGGAGUACAAUGUGGAUGCCGAGAAUGGAAUCGCUAUGGAGGGCUAUCUGUUCAAGAGGGCCAGUAAUGCCUUCAAAACAUGGAACAGGAGAUGGUUCUCGAUUCAAAACAAUCAGCUAGUGUACCAGAAGAAAUUUAAGGACAACCCCACGGUGGUGGUGGAGGACCUGAGGCUGUGCACGGUGAAGCACUGCGAGGACAUCGAGCGGCGCUUCUGCUUUGAGGUGGUGUCCCCCACUAAGAGCUGCAUGAUGCAGGCGGACUCUGAGAAACUGCGGCAAGCCUGGAUCAAAGCCGUCCAGAAUAGCAUCGCCACAGCCUUCAGGGAGAAGGGAGAUGACGGAGAGAAGCUGGACAGGGAAGUCUCCGCAGAAGGGCAGCCUGGACUCAGUGGCGAACUGGAGAAGAGCCUGCUGGACAGCUCUGCAGAAGCAUCAACACAGGCAUGUGUCUGCAUACAGUGCUCCGGCAUACACAGGAGUCUGGGAGUGCACUUCUCCAAGGUCAGAUCCCUCACCCUGGACUCAUGGGAGCCAGAGCUACUGAAGUUGAUGUGUGAAUUGGGGAACGGAGUCAUCAAUCAGAUCUAUGAGGCUCGGCGAGAGGAGUUGGGAGCCAGGAAACCGCACCCUGGAGACCCCAGGCAUGAGGUGGAAGCGUACAUCAAGGCCAAGUACGUGGACCGGCGGUUUGUGCGGUGUCCGUCGGACGACGAGCUGAAGCUGAAGGUGGUGAGCCUGAGCAAGCAGGAGAAGCGUCUGAGCAGCAGCAGCUCUGAGCUGGCCCCCCCGCGAGCGCCGCCCCCCACCCCCAAACAGAGGCCCGCGUCCGGGGCAUCAGCAGCGGCCGGCCUUGAGGAGGUGCGUCGCGAGUCGCUCUUUGGCGCAGACGAGUUAGACUCGCUCUUCUCCUACUUUGAUACCUCCUCAAAACUGCGCAGUAUAAAGAGCGAGGACAGUGGCAUCCAGAACAGUGCUGACGGAAGCAGAGAGAUGCUGGCCAACACCGCCUCAACCAACAGCCUGAAUGACACAGAAGCGGUUGAGGCGGAGGCGGCGAUGUGCGUGGCGUCGGCGUGUAAGGAGCAGGUGCUGUUCUCCGAGCCCAAGGAGUACUCGCCCGGCAUGCAGCUCUACUGGGCCUCCUACGCCCGCAGCCUGCCAGACAUGGCCCAGGCCCUCGCCCACGGGGCCCAGGUCAACUGGAUCAGCGCCGAGGACGACAAGAGGACGCCGCUCAUCAUGGCCGUGCAGGGGGGCUCUCUGGUGGCGUGUGAGUUCCUGCUCCAGAACGGUGCCAGUGUGAACCAGCAGGACGUGCAUGGGAGAGGACCCCUCCACCACGCCACCAUCCUGGGACACACCGGACAAGUGUGUUUAUUCCUGAAAAGAGGAGCCAAUCAGAAUGCGACAGACAUUGACGACAAAACACCCUUGACCAUUGCUGUGGAGGCAGCCAACGCUGACAUUGUGACGCUGUUGCGGCUGGCCAAGAUGAAUGAUGAGAUGCGGGAGGCGGAGGGCCCCUACAGUCAGUCAGGAGAUGAAACCUAUCAGGACAUUUUCCAAGACUUCACCCAGAUGGCAUCAAACGAUCCCGACAAGUUGAACCGAUUCCAACCAUAUGACUCUCCGAGGCAAUGAGAGAGAGAGAGAGAGAGAGGGAGAGUUGAGGAGACAGGACAGGUGCCCCGUCUUUUAGACCCUUCUGGAAUCUUCAGAGAGCUGGGCUCCUGGCCGUUCGGGGUGUCCAUCGCUUGAACCCAGUGAGGACUGCUGAUGGCCCUGGACAAGCUUAAUAAAUUAUUUUGUACCUUUUUUUUUUUUUUUUUUUUUUUUUCCAAGGACUUCAGGAAGUUUUAUCUGCAAAGACUGUCUUAAAGAGUACAUUUCAGUGAGACCAGCAUAGUUGGGUGUCUUUCUAUUCCACAUCACACAUUUCAAUAUAUUAUGUCCAUAUUCUUAAUGACAAAGACCAUAGGUUUUCUGCAUUCUUUUAAAACACAAUUUUAUCAGCAAAUGUUGUGUGGUGCUUAUAAUUUUCAGUAAGUAAAUUAUAAAAUUGAUGUGUUUUUUUUUUACUAUUAGUUCAGUAUAGUGUUCAUCAAUCAAAAAGAGUGGGAAAGUGAAAGUGUUUUUUUUUAAGAUCUCAUCUGUCUGAGUUCUUAAUUUAGUGUGCGUCAUGGGUUUGAUAGUGUUUUGUCAUCUCUCUCUAUGAAAUGAUUGAGACAUUCAGUAUUAUAUCUGAUGGAUCCAAAUAUUUUUGAGACAUCAUGACCUAGAGCUGCCAAUCACCAUCAAGUCAGGUACACAUUUGUAUUUGGUCAAAUUCUACAACAUAUUCUUGGACAGCACUUGAGAGAGUUGUCAAACCUGGAGUGAUGCACCUCAGUCAGUCUCUAUGCAAAAACUCUACUAGUGGUUUAUGGGUAAAGAAUAUAGCAUUUAGUCCAAGCUUGCUGAUUCACAUACGAUGGGACUCGACUCGAGACAUGUAGACUGAUCCAUGUGGCCACUCAACAUACAUACCCUAUCACCCUGCAGUGUCAUCGCAGUGGCCUUUUCAACCAUGUUUAAUAGUUAAUGCGGUAUGUGUCUGUAUUCAUAAGAUAUUAACUUACGGUCUGUUUGAGCAGCAGCCUCUAUAAUCCCCUAUUGAGCCGAAGCUCACUAUAUGACAGGGCAGAUCAUGUAUCCUUCCCUAUCUAUCUCUAUCUUGCUCUGUCAAUCUGCCUCUUUCUAUCUCUUGUGAAGUCCUGUGAUAUUCUAAGAUGUCCUCCAAAUGUGUGAACGUAUGCAAACAUGAAUCCUCACGCUCUUCUUCAGACUAUGGGAUGUGAGCCAUGUACAGUUGUACAGAAGCAUAUAAACUAUAUGCCUUAGAUAGCUUUGUUUUUAAUGAAGACAUAGUGGUACUUGAAUCAUUUAGAUAAGCUUGUUUGUCUUUGAGUUGUUUUUGUUGAUUUGUUUUUUAUUUUUAUUUUUUGUCAACUUGUCUGUUCUUCUUGUUUUGUACCGAAGGCCCCCACCCCAUACUCCAUAAUUAUGUGUAUGAUUCAUGCCAUUUUUAAAAGGAAUAUUGUGUAUAGCAAAUCUAGGUCUGAACAAAUUCUCACAGAAUGUUGGACUUGUAUUUUCUGUAUGAUUUUAUAAAAGCAUUUUUUUCUGUUGGCAUUAA